AUGGUAAAAAUUAAACAUAAAAAUAUUUAUGACUGGCUCAUAGAAGAUUUUCAAGAAUUCUACAGUUAUAAAAAUUGUCAAUCGUAUUAUAGUGAAAAAUUUUGUUCAACCGGACCACUUUAUUCAGAAGAUGGGAAUAUAUUAAAAGAUAACCAUGAAUUUAUUUGGCGGCUAAAAUUAUUACCUAGACAUAUAGAUAGUUAUAUAUCAUUGUACAUUUGGCCUAUUCAAAGUGAACAUGAACAAGAUUAUAAGUUAGAAACAAGAGUUAUGAAAUUUAAGUUGGAAAUUUUUAGAAUCAAUAAUAACAGUAACAGUAAUGGCAACAAUAAUUACUUGUUGGCUCUAGAUGAGAAGAAUUUAGAAAAGUUGGAUUGUUAUGGAUAUUUAUCAGAGAAAAAAUUUAUAUUUAAUUCAGAUAGACCAUGUCAAGGCGUACCCGAGUUUUGUAAAAUUAGUCAAAUAUUCCCUGAUAAAGAUUACAAGAAAAAAACUAAUUUAUUGAUUCGUAUCCAAUUCACAUAUCCUUCUUUUAAUCAAAUCAAUGCGAAUACUAGUGAGGACGAAGAGUCAAACAAACAACUAGCGAUUAUUGAAAACCCAAUUUGUUUUGAUUUGGAAGAAUAUAUUAAUAAUGAGAAAUUUAGUGAUGUAACUUUUGAAUUUGGAUGUGGCAAUCAAUUGAAAGCAAGCAAAAUAAUAUUAUCAAUAAGAUCAGACUAUUUUAAGAAAAUGUUUAACGGAGAAUGGAGUGAAUCCAAUUCAAAUGUUAUCAAGAUGGAUGAAAAUAUAUCAUCUGAAUGUUUCAAAGAAAUUUUAUAUUUCUUGUAUACCAAUAGAAUUCAAGAUAAUUUAUCAUUUAAUGUUUUAAAAGAUAUUUAUUCAGAAGCAGAUAUGAGAGAUUUGGAGGAAUUAAAAGAUUUGACUGCAAAAAAAUUUAUUAAAAUGAUUGAUAAAAAUAAUUGGAGUGAGAUUUUGUUGUUGGGAUGGAAUACUAAUAAUUCAGAUUUAAAUAAUACUGCAUUGAAAUAUAUUAAUAAGAAUUGGUCUAGUGUUAGGGAUAGCGAGCAAAUGAAAAGUAUAUUAAGUUGUGUUGAUGUUGAUUUGACCGAAUCAUUAUUUUGUGCUAGAUUCUUUGGUAAAUUUCUUUGA